CUUCACUAAUAGCAAUCACAUUUCACCUUCUUGAGUUCAUUUCACUCUUUGUUUCUUAGGAGGCAAACAUGGGCGUCAUCACCUACUCUCAAGAGUUCAAAUCCGCUAUUGCCCCAUCGAGAAUGUUCAAGGCUUUGAUCGUCGACUCGCACAACAUCAUCCCCAUGAUCGUCCCCGAGGGCAUCAAAAGCGUCGAAUUCAUUGAGGGAGAAGGUGGAGCGGUAGCAUCAAGAAAACUUACUUUGCCGAAAGUUCCCCCAUCAAGUAUACCAAGCACAAGAUUGAUGCUCUUGAUGUGGAUAACUGUUAUUGCAAAUACACUUUGAUUGAGACCGGCGUCCAAUUUGACAAGAUCGACUUUGUCGUCUAUGAGGUGAAGUUUGUUGCGGUUGACGGUGGAAGCGUCUGCAAGAUGACCAGUGAAUACCAUGCUAAGGAAGGUUGUGAGCUCAAGGAGGAUGACAUCAAGCAGGGUAAAGAGAAAGCCAUGGGACUAGUCAAGUCUGUUGAGGAGUACCUCUUGGCCAAUCCUGAUGUUUGCGCCUAGAUGCUCAUCUUUUCAGCUUUCAAAAUUCUUCAAAGUGAUAUUAUAAGAAGUGAUUGGACAAUUUGUAUUGUAUUUUACCUUUUCUUCUUCUUGUGGAUCUACCAUGGAGCUGUUUGGUGUGGCAAAGGUGUUUUUUUGGGUGUGAUAUCUAUUUGCUAAAGGAUUUGAUAAUUGUGUGUGUAAGGUCAAGUGGAAAUAAGACUUCAAAGA